CUGAUCAGCGCAUUUUGCGGAGGCAAAGGGCAGGGGACACGUGGUGCCUGCGCGCUUGUGCUUGAGCGAGGCACGUGUCAGGCGCCCGCCGAUCACUGCAAGUCAGUACAAGUCACUCCCUCGCGCUUCCCAGUAAGCCGACUACUACCUAGCAGGAUUUCCGCUAUCAUCGGUAUCAUCGGCCACGAACGGGAUAGUGAAGAUGGGGAUGCAUAGUAAGGUAAAGCUCCGCAGCAGGACGUGGCCGAUCGUAGGGAUUGUCUUGAUUACCGCGCUGCAUACCGGUCUCCGACUUCCGACGAGAGUCCAAUUAAAGGAACGUGGAGAGGUUCUGGGUAUCCUGAUCACGAAGAAAGCAGCCAUUGAAGAGAGACCGGCAAGCGUAAUCACCGACCCAGAGAAGAGUGACAGAUUGCUAAAGGGGGGAAGAACCAUCGGUAAAGGGGCAAUGAUUGCAUCUGGCGGGAAGCUUCAGCGAGGGGAAGAAAGGCGGGAAACUGACAGCGAAGCGCGGCGACGAGAGGUAGGCGGAGCAGCAGCAGCUGCGACGGCAGGUAGGCACGAGCAGCGAAGGCCGAAGUUUCUGGUCGAGGCGGACGAGAAAACAAAAGGGAUGGUGGAGGGAUUGGGAGAGGGAGGUGGUUCUCAAGAUGAUCGGCAGGUGCGUGUAAUGGGCGAUGUAUUCGUGCCGUCGUCGGCGACUAUCUCACAGAGUCGACGGCGAGGGGAUGAGGACGAUGGUGGCCACAAGGUGCGGGAAGGAGGUAGUAUCGAAGUCGUUGGGAAAGAGGGUCGGCAAAUAGACACCCCUCUUCGGCAAUCGUCUGAAGCUGAAGUUGCUGCUGGAGAUUUUCGAGCGUCGCCAGCGAAAGAUGGACGGGAAUCAAUCCGCAAGGAAGGGGGGGGGGCGCAUCCCGACCAGCCGCACCGAAUGAUUCUUCUUAAUGUCCAGGGGAUUGGCAAGGAGGAAGCAAGUGGAAGUCUCGCUCCAGGAUCCCAGGCGCAGCCUGCGCCGGCAGAUGCGGAGCGUCGGCGGGUUCAGGCCUCUGGCGACCGUGGGGAUGUGGCCAUCGUCUCUCGUUCCGCCGCAGCAGCAGCAGCAGCGGGAAGAGGAGGAGGAGCAGGGACUAAUGUUGCUGUACUUGGUUCGCAUGACCAGCAGCAGCAGCAGCAGCGAGAAGAGGAGGGGAAGGAUGGGGGGAAGGAGGAGAAGGGGAAGGAAGGGGGAAAGGAGGAAGGGAAGGAAGGGCGGAAGGAGGAGGAGGGAAAGGAGGUGAUCGGAGAGACGAAGAGCUAUGAGUGCACUACCGGUGAUGAAAUGCGGCCGUAUCUCGAACGCAUUGCUGUUGACAAGCUGGUAAUCAUGUGCACGGUGAAUGCUGGUUAUCGAGCGCUGUUUCUAAACUGGCUGGUGUCUGUGCGCAACGUGGGGCUGGCAGACCGAGUGCUGAUCUUCGCUGAGGACGUCGACUCCUGGCGGUACGUGCAGGAGCACUGGCCCGGUCAUGUCGUGCUUCUGUGCGAUCCCGAUGCAGAAAAGAGCGGACGGAAAGUCGUCCAGGUGCAGAAUGAGGCGGAGCCCGCUUUUUGGUUCAACCACGAAGACUAUGGCAAGCUGGUGGGCAGACGGCCAUUGCAGAUUCUCGCGUGCUUGCGCCACGGGUACUCUGUGCUGUACAGCGACAUCGACGUCGUGUUCAUGAAGAACCCUCUUCCAUACCUAGUGCAGGACCUAACAACAGUAGAUAGACGAGGAAGAAGAGAAGAAGUAGCAGUCGUAGUAGGAGGGGGAGGGAAAGGAGGAGGAGAAGGAGCAGUAGGCGGAGGUAAAGGAGGAGGAGGAGGAGGAGGAGGAGGGAGGAAGGAUCUAGAUGGUGCGGGAACGUGGGAUGGGGGUGUUAGUAUGAAUUAUUUCAAUGGAACAGAUGAGUUUCCAAAACGUCCAGAGUAUUUGUACGUGUGCUCUUGCCUUCUGUAUUUCCGACCGACGGAAGUUGCAAAGAAGAUUCUUCGGCGAUGGAUCGCUCGGUUAAAGGAGUCCGAUCAUUCUGUCAAUCAGCCUUCGCUCAAUAAAGCCCUUGAUGACGUGCGAGGAGAGACAGAGUUGCAGUUCAGAAUACUCCCUGGUAAGUUAUUCCCUGGAGGAUACACGCUGCGGUAUCCGGAGGACAAGGCGCAAUGGUUAGCACUUGGAGGUGGGGAUCCCGUCACUUACCACAUUGUCAUUCUAACAUUGCGUUGUCGCCGAGGUUGUCAGUGGGUAUGGCAUUCAUCAAAGCCGGAGAACACGAAGUUGAGUAGCCGAGUGACGGGCCAGAUGUAUCAUGCGGCCCUCAGCUGCGGAAUGGGAUACACCACGUUGACCGACUUUUGCCUUGCGCUGGGCAUGCGCGGCGUCCACAAGACGUCGUUUUACAUGUUCAGUCAUGGCAUGUAUGGCUUCAACGGUGGGUGGUGUGACGUYGCCCARCGGACUGCUGAGAAAGAUAUGACGGAGGCCGUUGAGCGCGUGCGGAAAGAAUACUCCAACAUAACCGUUCUUCUUGACGGCCGGUAUGACUCGUCUCGUGAUGCAACGCACUGUACAGUGACAGUUAUGCAUUACGAUACCAGACUAAUACUCGGUGUCGAGACGAUCCGAAAACGGCCAGGGGAGUCGUCGUGGACAUUGGAAACCACUGCAACCCGGAAUGUCUUGAUACGUUUGCUUCGAGUGCACAACUUGCCGAUACAGGAAGUGGUCCAUGACGACAAGGCUUCAGUUUCUGCCGUUUUGAAGGAACUCGGGCUGCGGGACCAAAAGGAUAUGUGGCACAAAGCGAAAAACUUGGCGGCUCGAUUUGAGGAACAGUUGUGUAUGGCGAGGAGGGAGCUGCCCGAAGAAGUCGAUGAUUGCGACACGUACGAAGAGCUGAAGAAAAUCCGUAAGGAAAAACUUCGCACGUGGUUGAGGGAACGAGGUGAGGCUGUGCCGUCCACAGCCAAGGUGGCGGAUUUGGCACGGAAAAUAUGGUUUGCUCGGCAUGGGAGCGAAGCCGAGGAGGAUGUUGAUGCAGAGGCAGGGUUGAGGAAGGCACACCCURGGCUCGCUGGGUCGGGAUGUGGGCAGGACCUCUGAGAGUGGUUUUAUGCCGUGUGCAAGCUCCGUAGCACGAGCGAG